GUCCUUGGAGGUUUGGUUUAGCUCUAUCUGGUGUAUGCAAGUAUGCUUUUUAUUUCAGGGGAAAAGUCCAAAGGGGUACUUGUCGAUGUUGAGAGCAAAAUUAUCCAACGUCAAUACGUGGUUGGUCAGCUCCACCGCUACGCCGCUGCUUACAAUCCCAAUAAGCAUUUAGUCCUCGCGAAUGAGGCGAGGGGCUGCUCUCUUUUUCUCACACCCUCCAUGCAGCAGCCAGUGAUGCGGAGCUUCACGCCCUCGCCGCUAACAAGUUGUGCGAUUACCUCUUGUGGCACUUUUAUGAUAGCGGGGAAUGAGCUCGGCAGCCUUUUUUCAUGGAACCUAUUGAGUGGGCAGUUAUUGAAGAAUUUUAAGGCGCACUUACGGAAGGUCAACUGCAUUGCGAUCUCGCAUAACAACACCCUGGUGGUAACCGCCUCGGAUGAUUCAAUGUGCAAGGUGUGGACACUCUCGUCGUUGCUUACUAGCGAGUUGAGGGACGUGCAGCCUGUGGUGGCCUUUGCUGGGCACUCCCUUGGGGUAAACUGCUGCGUUUUUUUCCAUAACUGUGAGAUAGUGGUGAGUGGCGCGUCGGACUGCACCUGUCGAGUUUUCGAUGCGUUUUCGGGUGAACAGCUGAGGCUUUUGACGGUGGGCGACGUCGUUACCGCGGUUGCUGUCAGCGAGGACGACCUUGACUUAGCGGUGGGCACCAGUCGCGGGUAUUUGCACUUUAGCUCGUUUCAUCCAGCGGAAUCGAUCCAAAUACUUCCUGUGAAACCUCAACCCCCGCAACAGAUGAGCCAAGCCGUGGUGUGCAAACCCAGAGAGGAUGGCCAUCACUCGCCCAUCAAUUUCUUAGGGUAUUGCAGUAAACAGAGUUCCUCGUUGGUGCUCUCUGUGAGUGAGAAUGGGGCGGUGUUGUGGUACGACUCGAAGUCUGGGUGCCUUUUUAAGGAGUUGAUGCCUCCUCAAAAGUGGAGGAUUCACAGCUGCUGCUACCUUGAAGCCCCACCAGAGAUUACUAAAAAACCAUCCUGUGCAGGUCUCAGCAAGAAUCCUCUAGACUCAAUACAGGGAAACUAUUUGCUUUAUAAAGUGGUAGAAAAAGAAUCCUCAAAGCUAGCUUCUGGUGGUGAUACCGAAGGAGCACGUAAGCGGCUUCGGAACAUAAACGAGGCGGCUGAUCACGAACCAGUAGAUGGAAGUCUUGCCGAUCAGAAAACGCGAGAUGAGGAGGCCGAAUUGGCUGAUUUGAUCAAGAAGAAUAAAGAAUUAAACGAGCUGCGAGUAAAGAUGAUGGCAAAGCUGAGGAAGGUUAAGCUAUCACAAAAAUAAAUGAUAAUCACCAAA